AUGGACGACGACGGAAGGAAGAAGUGUGGGGAAGAGUCGCCGAUUUGCGGUGAAUGUGCACGAUUAAAUCUCCCGUGCAUUCCAAGGAAUUCUGCGAAGGCCACUUCAGAUGUGCCAGAAGCGUCCAACGAAAAAUCUCUACCACCAGCUGCCACGCAUGAAAGUCCGGAGGUGAUCAAAGCUGAUACCACCCCAAAUUCGACCGACGACGCGGCCUCAUCGGGCCGUACGGAUGAUCAAGUCAGCCUUGAGUUCACGGACUGGGUGGCGCUCAUUGACGGCGAAGCGUCCUCAGGCCUGCGGGAGAGGGCUCACCUAGGCCAUAGCAGCGCCUUGAAAGUUUUACCCGAAGCUCGAGCAAGUGAUGAGGAUCCCGCACCCGUAGGUACCGUACCUCCCGUCACCCUUGAUUAUUUCUCAGAUUUCACAACCGAGGCGCUCAAAGACUGGACCGUUGGCGAGAAGCACCUACUCAACCACUAUUUGCAGGUCGUGUCGAGGGCUUUGGUUGUGGUUCCAGAUGAUGUCAACCCCUUCUUACGGGUGUUGAUCCCCAUGGCAUUUGAAUCUACGACCGUUCGCCAUGCCUUGAUAGCCUUGUCGGCUUGUCAUCUCUACAAGGUUUACCCUGACUUCCAGAGGAAUCUCUUGUUUCACCGCAGCAUGACUUUGCAGGGGCUCAAAUCUGACCUCGAUGAUCCGGGUAGUGGGCCGUACUCUUUGGCAGCUACUCUUUUGUUGUGCUUGUUGGAGAUUUGUGACGGAACCUCCAGAAACUGGAUUCUACACCUACACGGGGCGAAAGCCCUUCUCGCAAACUCUCCUAACCAUGACCCCGAUGUUCGAUCAGAAUUCUUCACAGACCUAUACGACUAUUUAUGCUGUAUCACCGCGAUCACGAGUCAUCGGGUGCCUGUGCGACGGAGCCCUCGGUGCAUAUCCAGGGAAUCCGCCCAUGGCAAACGAGGCAGGACAUCCAUUCACCCGCUUUACGGUGUAGGAGAAGACAUAUACAGGUUAAUCACACAGAUCAAUGAGUGGAUAAGAGGGUAUGUAGCUCUAGGCUCGGCCGCCGCAAUGGAUGAGUCUCUCAAACACAAUGCACUGGAACUCGACCAGCGUCUUCGGCGGUGGACCCUAAACGACGACUGCAUCUUUGACAAGGAGCUAAGGGAGUUGUCUGCAGCUGCGGAUGCACUCCGUUGGGCUGCCGUCAUGCGGCUAUCGCAAGCUACUCGGCGCAACCCGGUACCAGAAGCCCCCACCACUCUGGAGGUUGACAAGAUCCUCUCGGCGAUGUCCCAGAUAAGGCCAGGCUCGCACGUAGAGACACAACUUGUCUUUCCAUUGUUCAUGGCGGGAGCUAGCAGCCCUGACAAGGCAUCUCGGUUGACUGUCGAGUAUAGACUGAACGUCAUUGAGUGUACCAAAGGCUUUGGCAAUAUCGUAUGUGCUCACAAGCUACUCGAUGAAGUGUGGGCUCGCGCCAAUGAAAGACAGGCAGUUCAUUGGGAGGUUGUGAUGCACCAGCAAUUUCCCGACCUCGUGCUACUCUAG